CAAACGCCUAGAGCGGCCGCACGACGAAAAGCGGAAGCCUCCUCCUGUUCCUACCGGAUGUAUUUUGGACGCUGAAGCUUGCGGGAGGCGCGAUGAAGCCAGCGGUAGAUGAGAUGUUCCCCGAGGGCGCUGGGCCCUAUGUGGACCUUGACGAGGCUGGAGGAAGUACAGGUCUGUUGAUGGAUUUAGCAGCUAAUGAAAAGGCCGUGCAUGGAGACUUCUUUAAUGGUUUUGAAGAUAUGUUUGAUGAUGAUGAUAUCCAGUGAAGUUCAUUGUCCAGCUAUGCAGUGCUAAAUACUUGAGUUUCUUGAAGCAGUUGACUUGUAUUCAGUAUAGAUUCUCUCUGAGACAUGAAAGAACACCAAGAAAUGGCUAAAGAUGGAUGAAGAGGAGAAUUGUGGGGCUGUUUACCUUUAAGAAAUGUGUAGAUGUGGAGUUUUACAGGCUUGCUUCAAUAAAGUCUGAACAGAAUCUUC